AUGAGGAGAUACCUCACAUGUGAGCUGCCUCACCGAUUCAAUCAUAGCUGCCGUUCCCACUACUCUUUUGCCAUUUCAGCCCAUGAAGAGAUGACAGAGGUAUAUAGACGGGCUUCGCAACGGUUUUUGCGAAAAACGCCACAGUGUGCACGCAAUCCGCGUUUGUUUGGCUUUCGUAUGUGGUCCAAUCCUAAUGUGGAAGUAAGUUUUGUAGUCCGACCUGGUCUGCUGGAAGUCGACAAAACAAAGUGUACGAGCAUUGGUAUUCUAUGGAUGCGACAUGACCAUUUUUGGGCAUCAUUGGCGGAUGGUGCACCACUGACGUGA